AUGGGUUAUUCAAUGGGUUCAUACAAGCUAAAUACAAGUGGUGUUAGCAGUGGUGACCAGGGAUCAAGCGGAUAUGGUGGAAUCUUGAGGGAUGAAAAUGGGCGCUGGAUCAGAGGGUUUACAGGUCAUCUUGGAACUGGUUCAAUGUGCAUUGAAGCUGAAUUAUUGGCCAUUUUAAAAGGAGUCGACUUAAUUGAUAGCUUAAGAUUACAAAACACCACAUUGGAAACUGAUUCUUUAGAUGCUUUCAAAGCUUAUGAGAAACCUGAUAUGUAUACAAAAAGUUCAGUUUGGAUGACAAAGAUCUCAGAUUGCCAAAAGCUGGUCAAGAAAAACGAAAUUACUCUGAGUUCCAUAACUCCUGAAGAAAACAAGUGUGCAAGGUUUCUUGCAGAACUUGCCAUGGAUGAAGAAGAAGAUGAUGAUGAUGAUUAUGCAGAUAAAGCGAUUCAGACAUUCAAAUUGACUGGACUCUUAAAAUUGUUCAACUUCUCUUCUCUUUCUAUUCCUCAGAAAUCAUCCUUCAAUAUGGCUAAAAAAGAGGAGGUGAAUAAGAGCGCAUGAAAUUGAUGGAGGGUUCACGAAGUUUGCGUUAAGGCUAAUGUUUCUCUCCUUACGAGAACUUUGAUAUCAUCAGUUUAAUGGAUUGGCCUCCAUCUUCUUCUAUCCAUUGAAAAACCGGCGAAUUCUUCUAGGUUGAGGUUUUCUAUGCUCCGAUGGGGUAAAACUUAGGUAUGCUGCAAGCAGUCUAUGAAAUUGAGGCAUGUGAUUAUCAAUACUUUACUUGUGAAGUUGUAUUUUACGGAUUAUUGUGGAUUUUAUUUGAAUUUGAAAACUGAGUAAGAAAGCUUCAUAAUGAGAUGUGUACUGAAAUCAAUAGAUUCAAAGGUGUGAAAGCAUCUUCUCACCUCCCGUUCUUACUUAUGUCAAACGGAGGUAAAAAAGAGGCAAGGCAGGUGCCCUCAAUUAACUGGUAAUUUGAAUUGCCUUCAUUAUAGGGACUCUGCAGAUUGAGAAUUUUCAGAAUUGCCUCCAUUAUAGAGACUCUGCAGAUUGGAAGAAAAUUAGUCUCUAUUAGGAAACAUAAUAAUUAAUACAUCAAAGUUGUCUUCUCCUGAAGGCGAUGUAAUAUUGAGAAUUUUCAGAACUAGCUUUUGCUCGUCGACUUAGGUUUUAAUUUUCAACUGAACUUAUGUAAUAACUUAUCCCACUCGCAUUGUAACCUUUUCAAUUGAAUCCAAUAUGGAGUUUUUUAAGCAUAGUUAGAACAAGCAUUUGGUGGAGGUUUGAGGCUACGAACAAAGAAAGCUCUAGCGUGAUAGCUGCUUGAGUACUUUUUAAAUCUUAAUCUUGUCAUCUGAAUGUGGCUGGCUGGUUGAACUUUAUUACAUAAGUUAAUGCCAAUUUGAGCUCAUAAUCAGAUAAAAUGCCAUGGGAGUAGAACCAUGUUGUAGCAAAUGUAGAAGAGGUUCUUUCUUUUCGAUAUAUAAUUGUUAUAAGGAUAUUGAAGACACGAACUACUAGGGUGAAAUUGUAGGGAAUGGAUGUCUCAGCUCAUUUACCGGUUUUUUGAAUUUAAACCAUUGUGUCAAAUUUCCAUACAUUGUGUCAAAUUUCCUAUUCUUGGGCCGUGCUUGUAAACAUCCCUAGUAUAUAU